ACCACAAAACUAUAGUGUCAAGUGAAACUUUGAAACUAGAGCUCAGUCAUGGGAGUACUGUUAGGCUGUUCCCUUCCCCUCCUUUUCUUAACUCUGUUUGGUACCGCUAACCUUUUCAUUACUGCAGUUAACGGAAAAGAAUGCACGGUUUCUAAGAAGUCCACCCUCUUGAUCAGCUUUGGCGACUCAUUCUUUGAUGUUGGCAACGGUAAAAAUGAAUUUUGUGUUCCAUCUGAAGACCCACCAUAUGGGAAAUCACUUGAAACCCAGGAUGCCACUGGAAGAUUCUCGGAUGGUCGUGUGGUACUUGAUUAUAUUGCCAAAUACUUAGGCUUGGCUGAUCGUGAGGGCAAAGUUGUUGCAUACAGCUGUACCUCAGAUAUCCAAGAAGCGUCAUCACCAGGCCAAUGCGAAGAAAAUGGAAAUUGGAACUUUGCCAUAGCCGGCGCAGGUGCCACUCGAAGUGCAAUAAGGAAGUCGAAAUCACUGUCCGCUCAAGUAACUGAAUUCCUCGAAUAUUCGACAAAGGUUUUUGGUGGUAACAGAGCGAAAUUAUUAGAAAACGGAUAUCGAGCUCUCUAUUUAUUUUCAAUAGGUACACACGAUUAUCUUGCGCAAUUCCGGACUAUAGAAAAUGAGCAAGAUGUUCAACGUGUAGCAGAUGAUGUUACCACAAAAAUAGUGGAGCAAGUUAAAAAAAUAGCAGACUAUCGGGGUGUGAGGGGAAAAAGAAUUGCGUUUAUGAGCGUUGCCCUACGCUAUUUGCCGGUUUUGCUGCAAGAAUAUUCCAACAACGAUACGCGGCUGCACUUGCUUGAUAAACUGGAAACUACCCACUAUGAAAAGCUCAGAGAGAAAUUGGAAGAAUUAGCUGGAGGCCCUGAACAGGCUACUGGUCAAGAUCCCAUUUUCAAAUAUUCAAUAUUGCGAUACCACAGCAUAAUCAAGGCUAUAAUGGAGACACCUGAAAUAUAUGGCUUCGAUAAGAAAACAGUUACGUCCGCAUGUUGUGGUAAUGGGUGCUAUAAAGCACACGGUUGUGGGAGUUUGGAUAAGGAGGGCUGCAAUGACCCUACUGCUCAUGUGUUUUGGGAUGGCAUGCAUACCACUCAGCAUAUUAAUCAGGAAAUAGCUCGCUUAUUCUGGAAUGGACUCACGGAUAAGACAUAUCCUCAUAAUUUGCAGACUUUAGUAGGCACGGAGGAACGACGAUACGAUUUCUCUGUCGAUAAGGAAUUACUAGUUACUUGGACUGAGAAAUAAGUAACUUCAAUUUUUAGUAAUUAAGAUGUCAUUUAAAAUAUGUGUUGGAUCUUGUUUGAUCGAGCUCUUAGUUUCUCAUCUCUAUUACAGAGUUUCUUAAAUAAGAUACCAUCUCUGGCUCUAUGGCAUUGAUGGUUGAUUUUCGGUGUAUCCUAUUUGUGUGUUAUGUGUUAUUUUACUCUAUAGAACAAUGUGCGCUGUAAUAUUUCCUUAAUGUGUGACUCUGGCUUUCGAUUUCUUUUUCUAAAGCUUAAUCAAUUAUGGUGAAGACA